CACUUUUUGUGUUCAAAGUAUCUGACUACUACUUCCAAUUUUCCCACUUUACUCCUCGAUUAGCUUACUUGUUCUUUUUGUUCUUUGUCUGAAAAGUAAGGGAGGGAGAUCAGAAAAGAGGAAGGCCGGAAAGACUUAGAGAGUGUCCAAGAAAUAGAAGAGCCAGCACGGUUGCACAGAAGGCUGCAUGAUUUUUCUUUGCUGCAAAGAUGUUCUUCCCUGAAGCCACCGCACUUCUGCUAUCAGUUGUUCUUGCUUUCAGUUGGUUAGACACGAACAAGCUUGAUGCUGCUAACCUGCCUCAAGAUGAGGUGAAUAUUCUGAACCAAAUUGCCAGAACGAUGGGAAAUAGCGACUGGAAUUUCGAUGCGGACGUCUGCAAUGUUACAGAGAAUGUGGACAGGGGCACGGGUUCCGAGAAAAACAUUACUUGCACUUGCCAAAAUGGAACCUGCCACGUUACACAUAUAAUAUUCAAGCUUCAGAGCCUUCCAGGAGUACUUCCAACUGAACUUGUAAAUCUUCCUCACCUCAAAGUGAUUGAUUUUGCAUACAACGAUCUCAGUGGGUCAAUUCCACCUGAAUGGGCUUCAAUGCAGCUUGAGUUCAUCUCUGUCUUUGGAAACCGAUUAUCUGGGAAUAUUCCAACUUAUUUGGGAAACAUUAGCAGCCUUACAUACUUGGACCUUGAAGCAAAUCAAUUUUCAGGAGAAGUUCCUCCAGAGAUUGGGAAGUUAGUUAACUUGAGAACUUUGAGAUUGUCAUCCAACAGACUGAGCGGAAAUUUGCCCGUGCAACUUUCUCAACUGAAAAACUUAACAGACUUUAGGAUAAAUGACAACAACUUUAAUGGGAGUAUACCAGAUUUCAUUCAGAACUGGAAGAAUCUUCAAAGAUUAGAAAUGCAAGCUAGUGGACUUGAAGGUCCAAUUCCAUCAUCCAUCUCUGCUUUGAGAAACUUAAUAACCUUGAUAAUCAGUGAUAUAAAUGGAACAAAUCAGCCUUUUCCUGAUUUUUGGAACAUGACAGGAAUCAAUCGGAUAGUAUUGAAGAAAUGCAACAUUAUUGGGCAAAUCCCACAAGAGAUCUGGCAACUGAGUAAAUUACACGUUUUAGAUCUCAGUUUUAACAGUUUGAGUGGGGAACUUAUCAAAGUCACUCUCCCUCGGGAUUUAAAAUUCCUCUACCUGACAGGCAACAAGCUCAGUGGAAAUAUACCAGCGUCAAUGUUGCAGACAGGACUUGCCUUGGAUCUUUCCUACAAUAAUUUCACAUGGCAAAGCCCUGAGCAGCCUGCUUGUACACGGAAAUUGGACAAUAUAAAUUUGUUUCGCAGUUCUUCAGCAGAAUACCUGAGAAGGGGAGUUAUUCCAUGCACGAGUGAUUUCAAAUGUCAGAAAUAUUGGCAUUCUAUGUAUAUCAAUUGUGGUGGAGAUAAUGAUGUGAAAAUAAAUGGGACAAUGUAUGUAGGAGAUGCGAAAUCUGGUUUAGGUGGUGCUGCAACAUUAUAUUGGAACAAUGAGAACUGGGGUUUUAGUAGCACUGGAGACUUCAGGGAUGACAAUGAUGAACUGAAUGCAGCAUCACGUUAUCUAAAGCAGUCAGCAAGCAUGACUAAUCAGUUAUAUGCCACAGCACGUCUAUCUCCACUUUCACUUACUUAUUAUCGAUAUUGUUUAGAGAAUGGGAGCUAUACGGUGAGACUACACUUUGCGGAGAUCGAGAUCACAAAUAACACAAGAUAUGCAAGACUUGGAAGGCGCAUUUUCAACAUUUAUAUUCAGGAUGAGCUGGUGGAAGAAGACUUCAAUAUAGAAGCUGAAGCUGGUGGACCUCUUACCCCACUAACGAAACACUAUAAUGUUAAUGUAACGAAUGGUGAAAUAGAGAUCCGCUUCUAUUGGGCUGGAAAAGGGACUCAAGCAAUUCCUAGUCGAGGAGUCCAUGGCGCUCUCAUAUCAGCCAUGUCACUCGAUCCCAAUUUCAAACCUCAGCAUGCAGAGAAGAAAACAAAGACUUUGCCAAUUGUUGUUGGUGUCCUAGGAUCAUUUCUCGUAUUCUUGGUAUCGGGUGUCCUUUGCUGGAGAUACUAUUUCAAAACCAAAAGCCAGAGAGAAAAAGAUCUUGAGGGACUAGAUCUUCAAACAGUUUCUUUCACCUUGAAGCAGAUCAAGGCUGCUACCAACAAUUUUGAUUCUGUAAACAAGAUUGGAGAGGGUGGAUUUGGGCCUGUUUACAAGGGUCAGCUAGCUGAUGGAACAAUAAUUGCUGUCAAGCAGCUCUCUUCAAAGUCAAGUCAGGGAAAUCGUGAAUUCUUGAAUGAGAUGGGCAUCUUUUCAUGUUUGCAACACCCCAAUCUCGUAAAGCUUUAUGGAUGCUGUAUCGAAGGGAAUCAACUGUUGCUAGUAUACGAGUACAUGGAAAAUAAUAGCCUUUCUCGGGCUUUGUUUGGACCAGAAUACUCACGAAUAAAUCUGGAGUGGCCUACCAGGCACAAGAUUUGUGUUGGAAUAGCUAGAGGUUUGGCGUUUCUCCAUGAGGAGUCUAGACUCAAAAUUGUGCACAGAGACAUCAAAGCUACCAAUGUUCUUCUUGAUAGAGACCUCAAUCCUAAAAUAUCUGACUUUGGAUUGGCCAAGCUUCACGAAGAGGAAAAAACUCACAUCAGCACACGAAUUGCUGGAACAAUAGGAUAUAUUGCACCAGAGUAUGCACUGUGGGGUUAUUUGACCUACAAGGCAGAUGUUUACAGCUUUGGAAUAGUGGCAUUGGAGCUUGUCAGUGGAAAGCGUAAUCUGAAUUAUGGGCCAGGCGACAAACAUACUUGCCUUCUAGAUUGGGCCUGUCAUUUACAACAAAGUGGAAAGCUAUUAGAGUUAGUGGAUGAUAAGCUGGGAUCUGAAUAUAAUAAAUCAGAAGCAGAAGGCAUGAUUAAAGUAGCUCUUUUAUGCACAAAUGCUUCACCUUCUCUGAGGCCAACAAUGUCCCAAGUGGUGGAAAUGCUGGAAGGAACAAUUACCAUUCCCGAUGCAGUCCCUAACGCGAGUAGCUACAGUGAGGAUUUAAGGUUUAAAGCCAUCAGAGACCAUCGUAGCUCUAUAUAUAGUCAGACUUUUGGAGAAAGCCAGGGGCCUAGUACAACAUAUUCAGGAUCUCAAUUCGAAUCUUCCUCUACUUCUGCUCUUACCAUCACUGACGCCAACGAGGAGUCUUAAAUCCACAGAUGUACACUGUUUUCGGCUAUUUAGGAUUGUCCUCCCUUUUAGACAUAAUAUUCAAUAAAAUAUCUUCUUUACCCA